AUGUCAUUCCUUUUAGACCAGCGUUCAUUGCGUGCAGUUUCGCCUCUGAUCGCAUGCAGCAAGAAACAGAGUCACUGCUUACAGAUUUAUGUAUCGAGACCAAGAUCUUUCACCUCCUCUCGAGCCCUUCGUCAAGAACAAGAGAGCCCCGCCGAACAGAUUAUAAACUCGAUAAAUUCCCGGAACCGAGGGUCUAAAAUCUACCAAAGUGCAGACGAUGCCAUCUCAGAUAUCCCCGAUGGUUCUACCGUGCUGAGCUCCGGCUUUGGUCUUUGCGGUGUUCCAGAAACCUUGAUCGACGCAUUUCGCAAAAAGGGAACCAAGAAUCUCACCGUGGUCUCAAACAACGCCGGCGCAGGAGACCAUGGCCUCACAAAGCUCUCCACAAGUGGGCAAAUCGCUCGCAUGAUCGUCUCCUUUAUCGGCAACAACAAGCCCUUGGGAAAGCAAUACCACGACGGCAAAGUGGCCAUUGAGCUCUGCCCACAAGGCACCAUCGCCGAGCGCCUGAGAGCAGCAGGAGCUGGUAUCCCUGCAUUCUUCACAGCGACAGGCGUGAGUACGCUGAUACAAACCGGCGGAAUCCCCCAUAAACUUGGACCCAAAGAUCCUCAGACAGGGAAGCAUGCUGUGGUCGAGCCUGGACGACCACGAGAGACCCGGGUUUUCGGUGAUAGGACAUAUAUGAUGGAAACAGCACUCCAAGGAGACGUGGCGAUUGUCCGAGCAUGGAAAGCUGACGAAGCCGGCAAUUGUGUCUUCCGUACCACGACCAAAGCCUACGGCGUGCUCAUGCCCAAAGCGGCCAAGCUGGCUAUUGUCGAGGCUGAAAACAUUGUGCCCGUGGGAUCGCUGGACCCGGAUCACGUCGAUCUUCCUGGUAUCUACAUUGAUCGCAUCGUUCCCGCCACGUCCGAAAAGCACUUUGAGAAGCUCGUUCUUGCUCCAUCCGAAGAUGGUACCCAAGAUACCAGCGAGGAGGCCAUAAAGCGCAAUCGGAUUGCUCAACGUGCAGCAAAAGAAUUGCACGAAGGAUUUUAUGUCAAUCUGGGAGUCGGAAUCCCAACACUAGCCCCGUCAUACCUGCCGCCACAGACAAAGGUAUGGAUCCAAUCAGAAAAUGGUAUUGUUGGCAUGGGACCUUAUCCAGCAACCAAAGAAGAUGCAGAUCCUGACACGGUCAAUGCCGGCAAGGAGACAGUUCUGCUGGUGCCUGGUGCCUCGACAUUUGACUCUGCCGAGUCAUUCGGCAUGAUCCGGGGAGGUCAUGUUGAUGUGUCCCUUUUAGGGGCCUUACAGGUGUCGGCAAGUGGUGAUCUUGCCAACUAUAUCAUCCCCGGCAAGGCCUUCAAUGGUAUGGGAGGUGCAAUGGACCUCGUCAGCAACCCCAGCAAGACCAAAAUUGUGGUCUGCACGUACCACACAGACAAGAACGGCAACAGCAAGAUUCUGGACGAAUGUGAGCUUCCACUUACCGGCAAGGGAGUGGUCAGCACUAUCAUCACCGAACUGGCGGUGUUUCAGGUAGAUCGUCUCGGUGGAGGAGGGCUGACUUUGACCGAAGUGGCUGAGGGAUUGACGGUGGAGCAUGUCAAAGAAAAGACCCGAGCCCGGUUUGCAGUGGCAGACGAUUUGAAAACAUUUUGA